AUGGCAUCAAAUCAUUCCCGGAGCGCGUCGGACGAGAACCACAACUCAAUGGCAUACAUUCUCGAACACGUAUUACAGUACCCUGGCAGCUACGACAUCCCUCUCAAGACCAUGUACGAGCUCAACCGCGUGGACCGCGCCCAACCCAUCCCCAAGAACUACACCAAGUCUGGCAACACAUCACCAAUUUCCAGCUCAUUCGCAUGGAACACCACAGAAGCUGCGACCAUGAGCUUCACCUCGUCGUUGAUGAACCAGCUCAAAGCGUUACCCACACGGACCAGCGCACUGCCACCCGCCUUCAUCGUGAACUUUGUGACCCGCACCUUCAUGCCCGAGCCAGCUGAUGUCGACUGGAGCCAAGCUUUGACUGCGCUCGACUACCUGAAGGAUCUGGAGACACGACGACGCAGAGAGAUGGCUACCACAUUCGAGGCCCUUGACGUCCACAGGGACACAUGGGACGCCGACAUGGCCCGUGUCGCUGAAAAGGCACCUGGCAUCGCACUCUGGAUCAACAACCUCGAAGGCAAGAACCGGAAAGCUGAGUCGUACUAUGCUCAGCUAUGGGUCGGGCUCCGCCGAUGGAUCAUGAUCAACCAUCUCUCUGACGAAGAGUUCAACAAGCUCAACUGCAUUAGCUAUCUCAACACCCUCUUUCCUCCUGUCCAUGCCCAGACCAAGCUCCCCUCGCAGUUCUUGAACCACGAAGCUCUGAAAGAAGAACGCCAGAUCUUCUUCGAACUGAUCAGCCAGGUGCAGAGGAGGGGACCCGAUGUCUUACUUCCUCUCAUCAACCGGGACAAGCGCCCGGAAGACCAGACUGGCUGGCCCACCGUCCAGAGGAUCGUCGACAAGUACCUUCGCGUCGCGCAAAACAUGAUUCAAGACUGCAUCGCUACUCACGGCCCAGAGUCGUUUGAUCGCUACAUGAACGGACCUGGCAAAGAGAAGAAGCAUGACUCCGGUGUCAGUUUUGGUUCCGAGCGCCGGCCCAGCGUACAAUCUAGCGUGCACGAGAAGCAGUCGCCCGAGCCCAUGCUCAGCUACACCCCGUCCAUCAAGGGUCUCAGCAAGCUUGAGAGGAUUACUCGCGAGUUCAAGCGCAUGCGAGUCAAGCCCCGGCCCGAAGUCGAAGAGAUAACGCAAUUCAAUCAGCGGGCCGCCGCUGACCACAUUCCCCAGACAGGUGCGAAUGCUGGAAAGAAGUCGCUCAAAAAGGCCCGAUCGCUCGCCAGCCUCAAGUUCGGCAACGGCAGCUCGGCGUCAUUGGCUAGCAGAAAGGGCAGCGAUGCUCUGGCAUUCGACGCCGACGAGAUGAAGAAGCACCGCGCGAUAUACGAGGCCUCGGUCAGCAAGAGCACCCACGCCCAUGCGUAG